UACCACAAACAAAAAACCCCCUUUCUCUCUCUCCCUCAAAUACACACCCCACUUUCUCACUCUCCAUCUUUCCAUCCCACCACACAAAACAAAACACUCCCCGAUAGCAGCAGCAAUGGCCUUCACCGCCGCCUCUCCGGCCUUCUGCGCCAUCCCCAAGUCCUCCGCCUCCCUCAACCCCCCCACCACCCGCUUCCUCGCCAAGACCUCCCUCCGCCGCCUUGGCUUCGCCGCCGCCGACCCCCUCCUCGCCCACCACGUCGCCACCAAGCUGCGAUCUUUCUCCGCCGCCAAGCCCGUCAGGGGCGCCGCCACCAUGGCCAAGAAGAGCGUCGGCGACCUCUCCGCCGCCGAGCUCAAGGGGAAGAAGGUGUUUGUCAGGGCCGACCUCAAUGUGCCCCUCGACGACAAUCAGAACAUCACUGAUGAUACUAGGAUUAGGGCUGCGAUUCCCACGAUUAAGCAUCUGAUUAACAAUGGGGCUAAAGUCAUUCUCUCCAGUCACUUGGGUCGGCCAAAGGGUGUCACUCCGAAAUUCAGUCUUGCACCUCUUGUUCCCAGGCUAUCUGAACUGCUCGGUAUCCAGGUUGUGAAGGCCGAUGACUGCAUUGGUCCAGAGGUCGAGAAACUGGUUUCCGGAUUACCUGAUGGUAGCGUCCUUUUGCUCGAGAAUGUGAGGUUCUACAAAGAGGAAGAGAAAAAUGAGCCUGAAUUUGCACAGAAGCUCGCCUCAUUGGCUGAUCUUUUUGUCAACGAUGCAUUCGGUACUGCCCACAGAGCACAUGCCUCUACUGAGGGAGUGACGAAGUUCCUUAAACCCUCAGUUGCUGGUUUCCUUUUACAAAAGGAGCUGGACUAUCUCGAUGGAGCAGUUAAAAACCCGAAGAGACCAUUUGCAGCCAUUGUUGGUGGCUCGAAGGUCUCCUCCAAGAUUGGAGUGAUCGAAUCUCUUCUAGAGAAGUGUGAUAUAUUGCUAUUGGGCGGAGGAAUGAUCUUUACAUUCUACAAAGCACAAGGCCUCUCGGUUGGGUCGUCCCUGGUAGAAGAAGACAAGCUUGACUUAGCAACAACACUUCUUGCCAAGGCAAAGGCCAAGGGAGUGUCUCUCUUGCUGCCAACCGAUGUUGUUAUAGCCGACAAGUUUGCUCCAGAUGCAAACAGCAAGAUUGUGCCAGCAUCGGCAAUCCCUGAUGGCUGGAUGGGAUUGGAUAUUGGACCCGACUCUGUCAAAACGUUCAAUGCUGCCUUGGACACCACGCAAACUAUUAUUUGGAACGGACCGAUGGGAGUGUUUGAGUUCGACAAGUUUGCUGCUGGCACAGAGGCGGUUGCAAAGAAGCUCGCGGAGCUGAGUGGGAAGGGAGUGACAACGAUCAUUGGUGGUGGAGAUUCCGUUGCAGCUGUGGAGAAGGUGGGAGUCGCGGGAGUGAUGAGCCACAUAUCGACUGGUGGUGGUGCGAGUUUGGAGCUUCUAGAAGGGAAGGCGCUCCCGGGCGUGGUUGCCCUGGAUGAAGCCACGCCGGUUGCUGUUUAAGGCCAUGAAGCAGCAGCCAGCAUUCUUCUAGAUUCUUUCUAACCUAUCUUCCUUUGUAAACGAGAAAUGUAUUAGAAUGCGAGUUUGGUGCUAUAGAUCUCUUCUUGCCAUUGUUCACAUCAUAAUAAGCAAUCAAGGAAUUCAAUCAUCCUCUUUAUAUAUAGAACUCUCUUUUUUUAAUCA